AUGAAGGGCCGCCGUCCACCCCCAGACUGGGGUGAAGGUGUGCUGGACAGCAUUGGCUUGGGCUUGGGCAGUGUACCUCAUGAACACGAUGCUCCCGAAGCAAAUGCAUCCCAGAUCAAGGAAGAGACACUCAAUCUGCCGCCAGAUGACCUUCAUGACUUCCAGCUCCCAGAGGGAGCCCUGGACGCCGCCACGGAUGCUUCCCUGCCAGCACCGCCGACGCCUUUGCCAUCGCCGAUGCUCGAGGUUCCACCGACACCAGCGGAGGACUUCAGGUCUUCUUGGGCUUCGCCGGCUUCGCCCAUGGCUUCGCCCAUGGCUUCGCCGGCAGUUCCAUCGCCCUUGUGGCAACCUCUGGACGCGUCGGCGUCGCCCGAUGCCCUUCACCCGCUGCCGAGCCCCGUGCUACGCAGUCCUCGAGGCCUCCGAAUCAUCCGUCGCCCAGAGGCGAGUCCCAAAAGGCUGCCUCAGGGAGGGCCUCAAAGUGCCUCCGAGCCUUCUCGACAGCCUUCCCACCCGCCUUCCGACCCACUUGGGCCGCAAUCGGGAGGAGACCAAGCACCCAAGGCAAAUGAGACCAACGAAAAGCCGGAUUGA